GUCAGCACCCUUCACUGAUGGAUGUUCUAAAUGCGAGUGUAAGGAGAUUUCUGUCGGGGAUUCAGAAAAUGUUCGGAUUACAUAUGUGUGGAGCUGCACCGACAUCUGUACCGCAGCUAAAGUUAGUACUACAAUUGUUGUUGAAACAACUACCCAGCCAAUUACUACAACGCCUAUACUAACGACAACAACGGGAAAGUCCACCACCACUCUUCUUGUCUCGACUACACCAAUUGAGACAACAUUGCCGAUUGUGACCACCACGCCUUUCCGAACAACCACUCCUAUUCGGACAUCCACGCCCACUACUGGAACCACAAAAGCCAUUAGCACUCCUCUGUUUACGACACAAACAACAGAAACUACUACAGCGACCACUGAGCUUGUGACUGAGGAAACUACUCCAGAGGGAGUGACCACGACAAUAGUAGUUAGUUCUCCCGAGGCCACAACGACAAAAAGGACAACUGUUGUAACAAGGACAGAGGAGUCCACAACAGAAACAACGACAACCAAUCUAACGACUUCAGAGAUCACGACUGUGCCUACCACAGCUACAAUGCCGUCAACAACUGAGCACAUUACAACUACCACUACUGUCAGCACUACGCCGACGACAUCUACAACUAAGGAGACAACCACCAAGAUCUCUACAGAGACACCGUCUACAAAGCUUCCAACAACAACCGAAGUAACAACAAUUCGAGUAACGUCAACAGAGGUUCCUACAACAACCACGCCUCGGCCAACAACCACUGAGGUGUUUACAACGACGGUCAUGACUACUGCGCCUGAAACAACUGCAACAGAGAGCACCACAGUACAAACUACAACAGAAGCCACAACAGAGGCUCCCUCAACAGCUGGCACUACACCUGAAACCACCACAACCGCGUUUACCGAAAUUACAACGACUACCACACCGUCCACGACUGGCCUGUCAACAACAGAACACGUAACCACAGCCACUGUGCGCACCACCACUCCAACAAUAACAGCCACCGAGGAGAAGACCACCCUGCACAUUACAACCCAGACAACUCCAACAGAAAAAGCUACCACUGAGGUAUCAACAACACGUUUAACAACAACACAGACAGAGUCAACCACUGAGCAACCAACAACGACAGAAGAAGUAACCUCUACAAUUGAAACGACUACUAGUCUGGGCACGACGACAGAAAAAACAACAGUUCAAAGCACAACAGCUGUUUCAACAACCACCAAUACACCAACCACCACGGUGGUUACAACAAGAACAACAGAAACAGUGCCGACAACUCCAACCACGCCUUCCACAACUGAAAGUGUUACCAGUAGUGUUGUGUACACAACAACAUCUGAGGGUACAACAACUGAAGAGACUACCACCGCCCUCAUAUCCACAGAGGCAACCACAACUGAAACACCAACAACCACUGAGGUUACUUCUACGCGUUUAACUACUACGACUGAGCCAUCGACCACUGAAGAGAGCUCGACCAUUGUUGUGACUUCCACACCAGAGUCAACAAUGACAAGGAAGACCUCAACAGAGAAAACAACAGAGGUUACUGAAGCCAAAACAACAGUAAUCACAACAGUCUCAACUACGACCACUACUUCAUCAACAACUACAACCCCGUCGACAACUGAAAAAUUAACCACAACUACUUUGCAUACAAGCACACCUCAAACGACAGCUAUCACAGAGACAACGACAUCGCGGAGCACUACUCAACCAUCUUCAACAGAAACAACCCCAGUUACGACCGAGAAGACAGCUACACGUUUAACCACAACUGAGAAACCGACAACUUUCAAGCCAACGGAGACAACCACAGAGGAGGUCACCACAACAGUUGUAACUAUCACACCCGAAUCAUCUACCGCAGAAACAACAUCAGAGUUCACUACAACAGCUGUUCCGACUGCCACUGGAGUGCCAACAACCACAUUAGUUACAACGAGGACAACAGAAACAGUUCCAACGACCCCAACCACACUCUUGCCAAGUGUAAGCAUCACUAGGACCGUUGCGCAUACAAAAACACCUGAGGGCACAACAACCGAGGAAACAACGACUGUUUUCACGUCUACAAAGUCGACCACUACUACAACCCCAGUUACCACCGAAAGGUCGUCUACACGUCUCACAACAACUGCAAAGCUUUCAAGCACAGAGAAAACAACUGCAACGGUUCUGACCACAACACCCGAGUCAACAACUGAAGAAUUAAAAACAGUGCUCUCUACAACCGAGCUUUCUACUACGGAAGCCGAAACAACGGUUGUGACUACUGUCACGACUACGACAACACCAACAACGACAACAAGCCCACCAACGACUACAGAGGUAACUACCAGAACGGUGCAAACGACGACCCCAGAAACGACAACCAUUCGGGAGACAACAACAGCACGAAGCACCACAAAGCCAACACCAACAGCAACCCCUGUUACAACUGAGAAGUCAACUACCCGUGUGGCAACAACGACGAAACCUACAACAUCCAAGCCAACCGAGACGACCACAGAGGAAGUUACCACAAAAACAGUUACUUCCACUCCCGAGUUAACUACUGAAGAAACCACAGCAGAGCUGUCUACAACUGAGCUUUCUACUACAGAAGCCGAAACAACGGUUGUGACUACUGUCACGACUACGAGAACACCAACCACUACAACAAGUCCGCCAACGACUACAGAGGUAACAACCAGGACCGUGGAAACUACGACCCCAGAAACGACAACCAGUCAGAAAACGAUGACUUCACGGAGCACCACAAAGCCAACAUCAACAGCUCAAGUUUCCACUGAGGAAACAACUACUCGUGUAAUAACAACGGAGAAACUUACAACCUCCAAGCCAACGAUGACAACCGAAGAGGAGGUUACCACAGUAUUGGUGACUACCACUCCCGAGUCAACUACCGAAGAAACAACAACAAUGCUGACAACAACUGAAUCCUCGACUACCCAGACAACAACGACUGUCGUUACAACAGUUACAACUACAACUACACCGUCAAUAACAUCGGAGGCAACUGCCACCCAGCAAACAACAAAAGAAUCUUCAACCAUUCGGGAGACAACGUCAAGUACAACCACUCCGCUGUCGACAACCGUUACACCAACAACAAAGAUGACCUCUCCUGAGCAAACACCGACCCCAACUACGGAGGAAACCACAACCACAGUUACAGCUAACGCGACAUCUGAAGGACCUUCAGAGUGUGUCUUCCACUCGCACUCUAGCAUCGUGAUGAUUGACGAUUGCUCGUCAGAGGGCGAGGUUUUGCACACCUCCUGCAGAGGCAGUUGCGGCAGUUCGGGCACGCGUGUUGCUAUGCUGCCAAGUUCUCACCUAGAAUAUGACUGCGACUGCUGCAAGCCGUCCAAGGUUCACCAGAAACACGUCCAGAUGGAGUGCACCAACGGAACACGGUUUAUUUACCCCUUUUACGAGAUCACGGCAUGUCUGUGCAACUCGUGUAGAAUUAAUCCCUUCAACUUACGCAAAUUCAGCACAACCCCCAGACCUCUUUGGCAAAUAUAAUAGUUCAGGUUUAUUCAGCUUCUUUACUAACGAUGAGUAAUACAGGGACGCUGUGAAACCAGUGACACAACGGGCAAACAUUUUCAACCGCAUGUGGUUGAUCAACACAUAAACACCAAAUGAAAUUAAAAUGUCUGAUUAUACAACCAUCCCUGCCGGAACGAGGUGGCAAUAUUGUUUUCGUUGAUACACAUCAAGGAUGUUUGACUCCAUUUCUUAAGAUAAUGUCAUCCCCAAAACCGUUCACGAUUAUCAGGCGUUUAGUAAAAGAAGCUUUAGUGUAGAAAAUGGUUUAUUUUCUUUUAACCAUAAAUUGUGGCUCCUAAAUACCCAACAGCAUUGGAGCAACACUUUCCCUAGAAAUGGUUAUUAACUAUUCUUUAUUUUAGUCAAAUGCUAACCAGUUAUACAUGUAAGGAGAAAGUCAACUGUUAUCGGUGUUGAAAUGAAUAACCGAUUAGUUUAAGCCAAAAAUAGCCGAAGGUUGCCAUUUGCUUUGAAAGUGUAUAACACAGAUUAAAUACUUAUCUGCCCUCAGCAGCUGCGUGCACAUUUAGGACAUUCAAAAUAUUCCUCUCAGAGGAAAAAAUAACUGCACAAGGAAAAAAAUGAAAUCCUUGUAACGUCCAGUGUAGUAACGAACAAAUCGGUUAUACGCCAUUGUUAUUUGCAGAGGUUUUAUUCGCCCGUUAAAUGCCAGUUAUUCGAAAUUAGUUUUGCUUUUUUGAAUCAGGAAAAGAUAUCAUGCGUUGGCUCUCCUCUACAGCAAUGAUAGGAAUGCAGCUUUUGUCUGGCAAAAGUGUAGUUAUUCCAUUCUACGUACCAAGUCGAGAUUUUUUUUAUCAAACCAAGUCACCUUCGUUUUCGUGUCGGAGGCUUGUGAAGAUAUGCGCUGCGUAAUGAAGCCGUUUAUGUUACUUCGACACAGACAGCGCGUGCUCAACACUUAUUCAACCAACACCCACAAAAACAAAAAAAAGGGAAUGUGUACCGACUUUUGCGUGAAAUUGCCCUCUUCUCCAUUCCAACCACACAAAACAAUAAAACGUAUUUGAAUUUUAAUAAUGAAUGAAAUGACUGUUCGAAUUUGACUAUGGCUUAAAAAGAAAAACAAGUUUAAUUUAAAAAGAUAAACUGUUUGCCUAGCUUUAAUUGCAUUUACCUCCUUGGGUUAAGGGUUUUGGAUGCGGAUAGAGACAUCUGUCAUUUACGAUUGCUUUGUCUUUUUACAAUUUUUCAAGCGUUUACGAAAUUAAUUCAUUGUCAGCAUUUACGAAGAACAGCAUCAGUUGCUAAUUAUUAAAUACUAUGACAUGCACUCAAAGUUAUAGAUACAAGCAAUUACAAAUUGGUCGUUUCCAUUAAACGUUUAGUCUACGUUGAUUUUUGUCUAGUUUUUGCACGAAUCUUGAAGUGUUUGAAUCAAAACAAAACAAACACUUGACAAAGAAAAAACAGGUAAACCUCGAAAGAACAAAACAACGGAAAAAUGUUCAGAGCUUCUUUAAAGGGCAAGAUGCUCAAAAAGAAUGAGUUAUUAUGCAGUGUAUCUGUGGUUUGGAUGUAUUGACUCUUCGACAGACAAACUGUAUCUUGAUUUUGUUUAAGUGCAGUUUAAUACACUGUAACUCAGUUUCUCCUCGACCGCUUUUUGAACAAUUUCCUGACAGAGAAAUCAAAUAAUGAACAACUUUGUACAAUGUGUAAUCCCCUUCCAGUGUAGGAAAAAUGUUAACCCCGAUGCUAACAUACAAUAGGGUUUUAAAAUGAACUUGCUCACUUCUUGAAAGCACAUAUAACAUCCCAUAUCCUUAAAACACAACCAAAUAAGAGAUGAAUAAACUGACAAAACUUACAUCAGCAUCCUUUGGCUGUUUUACAGAAGUCAAGUGUCAGUUUGAGGGAGGGGAUUAUGUAGGCCUGCUCACCUGAGACAUAAAACUUUUACAUUGAAAAUGACAAUAGUUAUUGAUUUUUUUAUGUCAAGGAGUUUAACAGCAUGAUUGCUUGAACACAACGUUGAAACCCAAAUGAAUGUUAAAGCAAACUAACUUGUGAACAGUCAUUGGUCAGUGGCUCUUUACUUGCCAUUAAUUUGCACUUGUUAAAUAAUACAACUCUGCUUAUUUCGCAAUUACAAGUCAUAAAAAUACAAUAAAUUAACGUCAUAAAUUCAGACAGGGACCCUAUUUUGUUUUUACUGAAGCAAAUGACUUUAAUGUCGCUUCAUCUGCAAUAAAACUGGCCGCCUUAGGUGUGUUUGCAGUGGAUUUGGGGCUUGAUUAAAACCAUUAUCAGUUAGUUGUUUUGAUUGUUUAUUUUAAAUUUGUCUAUUUGCUGCUAUUAUGCGUAGAUUGCUAAUAAAAAAGAAAUGCUUGCAAGUUA